AUGGCUGCCACUUUUACUGAAAGUUAUUCACAUUUUGCUGUUUUAAGAAAUCAAUUUGAGACAAGAUUAUCAGGUCUAACAGAAUCAAAAGAUUCUGAUGUUCAAACUACAGAAAUGAAAAUGAGAUUAUCAAGACUUCAAGAAAAUCUUCAACAACUUACUACUGGAAGAUACCAAAAUCAUUUGAUAGCACCUUGUAAGACUGGAAGUCCAAGAAGAAGAUAUACUCCUGUAACAGUUGUGAGAAAUGAAUCUAGAGAUAAUUUAUAUUGUGAAACUUAUAAUUCCUGUAAUACAAGUUUCUUUUCUGAAACUCCAGUUAUUUGUAAAAGUAACAAGUUUUGUCAAGUUGUAGAAACUGAUACAGUUGAAUUCAAGAAGAAAUUAGUCAAUAAGAAAAUUGAUAGAAGAUUAAAAGAAAUUCAGAAAAGAAGACAGAAUAUAAGAAUAAUCAAUGAUAAUUUAAAAAUAGAAGAAAUUCAGUUAGAGAAUAAACUAAGAAAUUUUGUGAAUCAAAGUAGUGAUCCAAGUACCAAAAAUUUUACUACAGUUAGUGAUUCAGAAACAGUACCAAGUACCAAUAACUCUACCAGAUUUUGUGAUCCAGAAUCAGUACCAAGUACCAAUAAUUUUACCAGAUUUUGUGAUCCAGAAACAGUACCAAGUACCAAUAAUUUUACAAGAUUUUGUGGGACUCGUACAGUAUCUUAUCAUCAUGGUAAAAAAUAUGAGAAUUUACAUCAGUCUUGUAUUUUAACAGAAGUAAAUGAUAAUGAUGAUAAUGAUGAUAAUGAAGAUAAGGGUGAUAAUGAUGAUGUUUUACAGACUAAAUUUAUUAAGGGUUUAAAAUAUACACUGUGUUAG